CUCUCUCUCUCUCUCUCUCUCUCUCUCUCUCUCUCUCUCUCUCUGCUCAUCUCAGAGGGUUAACUAACUCUAUUAACUUGUCCUCUCUCACUGGUUUAAACCGGUUCUCUAGAAGUUGCUUUGUGUGCCCCGUGGAAUCUUGGGAAGAGUCAUGUGACAUCACAGCAUGAAAGAGAAGAGAGCUUGAGUCAGCUGUACAUUUUGUGGUGAUGUCUGAUGAUGUGGUGCGACAGACGCGCAGUCAGAAGCGUGCGCUGGAGAGAGACGCUCAGUCUGAGGACGUGGACCGCAAGCGUGUGAAGCUGGAGUGUGACAGACCGCCGUUCCGUUCCAGAUCCGAGACGGCGGUGUCGGUCCAGACAUCCAGCAUGCCGAGCGGAGGGGAGGUGAAGGCCACCAUCAGACUACAGCUGCAGACGGCAGAUGAGCCUGUGCACAUGAACACCGGCAGGACUGAGCUGAAGAGAGCGAACGGACCCUCGUCCCCUGAUGAUGUCAUCGUUCUGUCUGAUAACGAGGCGUCGGGUCCGCUGGUGAACGGUGACCAUCGCUGUAAAGAGGUCGACACGGAUCUGCUCAUGAGGAGUUCUUUAGUGGACCGUGAGCGUGUCAUUAAACAGUUGCAGGAGGAGCUUCGGUUAGAAGAAGUCAAACUCACCCUGCUGAAGAAACUCUGUCAUAGUCAAACACACAAAGACUCCAGUGUGGAGAAGCCAGUGCUUUCAACAACAACAACAACAACAACUCCACCUGUUAUUAAAGCAUCUGUGUCCAAUAAAGCUGCACAACCUCAGGUGAUCUCAGGCCGAGCUUUAGGGACAGUGAUUUCUCCUCUGCUGGUGCGUGCCGGCAGUGCAGUGACCAAACCCGGCUCAACGAGCGCUCAACUCAUAAUGCCUCCACUUGCCAGAGGAGCUCAGCAGAACUCCAGCUCCACUCCUCCUGCACUGCUGCUGGCCUCCAGAUCAUCUGGACCAAACGUCCAGGGACAGAAGAUCAUCCAGCCCGGAAUCAUCCGCAUGAGCAACAUCCCCAACAACAGUCUGCUCGUCACCAUCAACCAGCCCACGCCCACAAACCUCAAGUGCUCGUCUGGGAACGAUUCUCCGGCCAGUCGUCAGGCGGCGGCUAAACUUGCACUGCGCAAACAGCUGGAGAAAACGCUACUGGAGAUCCCGCCAGCCAAACCGCCAGCGCCUGAAUUCAACUUCCUGCCCUCUGCCGCUAAUAAUGAGUUCAUCUAUCUGGUGGGUCUGGAGGAGGCGGUGCAGAAGCUGCUGGAGUCUCUCGGCCGAGGUAAACAAGGUGUGUACGCUGGUUUAGUUGUCACUGCUCGAGAGCCGUUCACCUGCUGUCAGUGUCAGACAGACUUCACCUGUCGCUGGUGCAAAGACAAGGGCGGAGCUACCUUGUGUGAGGAGUGCAUGUCGUCCAAUCAGAAGAAGGCUCUGAAGGCGGAGCACACCAAUCGUCUGAAGGUGGCGUUUGUGAAGGCUCUACAGCAGGAGCAGGAGAUGGAGAAGAUGCUGCAGCAGAGCACUUCAUCAUCUUCAUCAUCAUCAUCAGCCCACAUGAUGAAGGCUGAUCAGAUGAAACGCUCAUCAACUGCCGUUCAACAGACACACGGCCGAACCAACCAGCCAAUCAACCGCCACUCCAACAUCAAACAGAUCUCCCCGAGUGCGCUGCAGUUGUCUCGUAUCAUGCAGCAGUCGGUUGCCGGGAUACGCACAGUUCCUCACUCGUUCUCGCCGUCCACUCAGCUUCAGAACGCCGUCGCAGCUGCCGCGCUCGUCAGCAGGCCAGGUAAGCAUGCCGUGCGUCAGGGGUCAAAGGUCAGCAGCAGUGGCAGCAACAGGAAGCCUGACCCCAUGAUCUCCUCCACCUGGAGGAAGCAGAACGCCACCACAGCAGGUGUGACGAUGGCGUAUGUGAACCCUAGUCUGUCCGCGCACAAGACGUCGUCAUCGGUGGUGGAGCGUCAGAGGGAAUAUCUGUUGGACAUGAUCCCGUCACGCUCCGUCUCACAGACCGCAAACACGUGGAAAUAAAGAUCUGCAAACGCAGCGCUCAAACGGCACAAUCCACAAUGUGCUAGAACAUCUUCAGUCUGAGAAUUGAGAACCGCUUGUCUGGAAUUUAGUCUGGAAUUAUCAAAUCCGUGUUUAGUACAAAAAGUUUGUCAUUUCCUGUUUUAGCACUCUUGUCUUUUUUGCCAGUCCUCGAUGCACCAAACGUUUGAUCUUCAUACAGGAGCAGUUUCGUUCUUUUCAGGGCUUGAGUUAAUAACUGAUGACAGCGUUAAAGGGCUUUCACUCUUUAUAAACAGCAUUGACGCGGGACAUAGACCCUCAUGUGAACGAUGUGCCUUCGAUAAGCCAAUCAGGAGCCACACUGAAUCUCGUCAGGACUUGAACGCAAACACACGGGCGGAAGUUGUCGAUUAGCAUCACGGCUCUACGUGGACGACAUCAUUUCUGUUCUUAAAAAUAUUAAAGUUUUCAUUAAAAAAGAGGAAAAAGUUGUUGAAUGCAAAUAAAACCUGCUUCAGUGUGUUCAGUUGCUUCACCCUGUUUGACUUGUAGUUAUAUAACUGUGUGGAAUUGAACGAUUUUUGUUUCUUCUCAUACUCUCAAAUGUAUUUGCUUUUCUUCAUAAAGAUGUCAGUGUCGCUGUAUAUCUCAAAUAUUCAACCCCAGCACAAUAUUUAUGAUUGUUGAUGAUCACAUAUGUUGCCAUUAGGUUUGCUUUCACAAGCUGUUUUGUUUCAUUUAGGUUGGGGUUAAAUUACAGUUAAUAAUGCUGUAUAUAACUUUAGAUAAUUCCAUCAUCAGAUGAUUGUUUGAGCAUGUUCGUGUUCAUGAAUCAUCUGAUGAUGAAGAUCUGUUACACUCGAGCUUUAUUUGUAUCUCUGCUGUGAUGAUGUCACAGAGUUCUGAACGGCUGCGUGUUCUGCGCUCGUGUGCAAAAUGAGGUUACGGUUUGUUUGAUUUACUUUUGUUCCCAAAAUAAAGU